UGGGAGUCUCACAUGCUACCACGUAGAUCUGAGAUUUCAUGCUACGCGUACUGAUUCACACCGUUCAACGGCCACUUCGACUAAACAAACCAAAAACACUGUCAAGCUUAUUGUCUGGAAAGCGAAAGUUCUAUUGGUCUUUGACCUCUUCGCUGCUCUUUUUCCUUCAAUACAGUGCCCUUUGCAGCACUUCGUCGUCGUCGUGUUUUGAAUACACAAGCAUGGCUAGCGCUUCAGAUCGACAAGAAUGUGGUGAUGUGAGCAGUCAUGCAGGAGCCUCUAAAGAAAUCAACGAUGAUCAAUGGAGAUCCGGUUCGCAAAUGCAAAAAGAUGAAAGCGAUGCUGUAGAUAGACAGAAGGAAGAGAAGCGGAAGGAGGACCACCCAUCAAGAAGCCAUGACAUUUCUAGUCGAAUCCGCAAACGAAAAAUGCCAGUACGACGACCUACAGCAUAUGUGCCCGAUAAAAAUUCAAGCGAAGAAAAAGAAGACGACGAAGUCAAAAACAGCGAAGAGAAGGCACCUGUGACAGAAGACAGCAAAAGGUCUGCCCAUCCAGAAAAUCGACUGUACGAACUUUCCAUGAAGUAUCGACAUCAUGAAUGCUCUCCUGACAGAGGAACAUUGACGCCGAGCACGAAGGCCUCAUGCGGAUAAUGGAUCUCAACUAUAGUUCAAUCUUUUAUUGAUUCUCAAUCAAUGUCAGAACACUUUCAAGCGAUUACUUAGCAUUUCAUGAUACACUAGUCGUUGCGAUAAAGACCCACUACUCACUAAGUCAAUGAGAUUGAAUAGAUUAUGAUAAUAAAGAUAAUGAAAAC